UAGCGCGGCGCAUCGGCCUCUCCUCCACUCCACGAGCCUCUUGAACGGAUCAGACGUCCGACUUUAUCCAAGGUCCCCACUUACGGUAUAUCUGCCUAAUUUUACGCGUUAUUUUUGGCGGACACUGCGUUGUUUUUCACACUUGGAAAGUUUAUAUUUUUGAACGGAAUUUCUAUCGCGUGGAUAUGUGGUGGAUGCUCUUUCCCAGAUGGAUCUGGUUUUUACUGGGACAGUUGUGCGUCUGGCGUAUGGACUUACGCGCGCGAGCGAUGCCAAUGAUGCCAAUGUCCAAAGUGGUUUAUUCUCACGCGGGAAUGUGUCCGAACGACGUGAACCCGAACCUGUGGGUGGAUGCCAUGAGCACCUGCAUGCGAGAGUGCGAGUCCGAUCAGGACUGUGAGCCAUUUGAGAAAUGCUGUGGCAAUGUUUGCGGACUCAAAAGCUGUGUGGCUGCUCGCUACAUGGACAUUCAGGGACGGAAAGGUCCGAUGGGGUUGCCUAAAGGAGUGACCUGUGUCAAAUUCAUGUGCACCCAACAGGGUUCUGAGUGUGACAUCUGGGACGGCCAGCCGGUGUGCAAAUGUCUGGAUCGUUGCAGGCGGGAACCCAUGUUCACUUGCGCCUCAGAUGGGAUGACUUACUUCAACAAAUGCUACAUGGAUGCCGAGGCCUGCACCAGGGGCGUCACACUCACCGAGGUCACCUGUAGGUUCCACUUCAGCUUGUCCAACAGCAGCCCUCUCCCGGAGAAGACCACCUUCCGACCCACUGCCGCCCAUCUUGAGACAACACCCAUGUAUGUUCAACAUCCCAUCAUGGUCAGCAAUCCAGUGCACCACUUUGUGUUUGUGGGCGAAACAGCUAGCUUCCUGUGCGAUGUGACAGGCAAGCCCAAGCCAGAGAUUACUUGGGAUAAACAGAUUGAAGGCAAGGAGAAAACUGUUCUGCGAUCCAACCAUGUGCAUGGAAACAUAGUGGUUACCAACACUGACCAGCUGGUGAUAUACAAUGCCCAGACCAAGGAUGCUGGCAUCUACACCUGCACUGCCAAGAACCAAGAAGGCUCCAUUGAGGCUCAUUUCUCGCUCUCUGUGGUUCCUAGAGAGCAGACCAAAAACCAGCCGUUGAUUAAUUCCACGCGCCUACCAGCCAAAGAGUGCCUGAAAGCACCUGAUCUGGGUGACUGCGGGGAGGAGAACGUUAGUUGGUACUAUGAACCCAAACGCAACAACUGCUUCACCUUUACGUACAGCCAGUGCAACAAAAACAGAAACCAUUUCAACACUUACGAGUCAUGCAUGCAGUCAUGUGGAGCGGAACUAGAAGCAAUUUGCUCCUUACCUAGUGUGCAAGGACCCUGCAAGGCUUACAAACCACGUUGGGCAUAUAGCUAUGCUGUCAAGAAAUGCCAGUCAUUUGUUUAUGGAGGUUGUGGCGGAAACGAGAACAAUUUUGAGAGCAAGGAAGCUUGUGAGGAAAUGUGCCCCUUCUCCAAGUCCCACAACUGUAAGGUGUGCAAACCACGACAGAAGAUGGUCCCCAGUUUCUGCAACAGCGACUUUGUGGUCUUGGGUCUGCUUUCGGAGUUGACGGAGGACCAUGACUCUGGACACGUGCUCAUCACGUUAGAGGAGAUCUUGAAGGACGAGAAGAUGGGGCUUCGGUUCUUCGGGCAGGAACCUCUGGAAGUGGCGCUGCUCAAUGUGGAUUGGAACUGUCCUUGUCCGAACAUAACAAGAGCAGAGGGUCAGAUGAUCAUCAUGGGGGACGUUCACAACGGCAUGGCCGUGCUGCAGCCCGACAGCUUUGUGGCCACUUCCAGUGUGUGGCGAGUUCGCAAACUCCGUGAGGUUAUCAACAAAAACACUUGUGAUGUUCUAAAGGAGUUAAGUAGCACGAAGUACUAGGGGGCUUACAAUGCAUUACCAUCCUUAUUCUCUGGACGUCCUAAACCAAUGUGCCUGCCUCUCACCUGCUUUUCUUCAUGGAGCAGACUCACUGAUUUUUGCUGUUUUGCAAAAAGCGACUUGUAGAUUCUACAAUCAUAUAUCAUACUGGUUCUUUUUCUGCAGCUUGGAGCUGCUUGAAUUAUCCAUUGAGAGACCAUUUCAUACAAACGUAUUACCUUAUGUACAUCUGCUAUACAUGUUGUAGUGUGAGUAGUACAGUUAUUUUAGUUUGACUAAAAAGCCAUGUAUAUUGUAUUAAACCAGAUCUGCCUGUAUCAGAACGAACUCAAAUCUUCGGUUGAACGAUGAAACAAGUGGUUAAACUUUACUAACCUAAAAACUCUAUUUAUACUUCAUGAAAAUUAAAUAUGAAAGCCAUGUCAUACUUAAAAAAACAUAUGACAUGUUAAAUGCUGUUGCACCUUAUUAUAAUUCAUAGUCUUUCACACUGUAAUCAUUUAACUUAGUUCCAUCAAUUUAUUGUAACACCAUACCAUUAUGUUACUACCAUAAAUUGAAACAAAGGUAGUUCUGUGUACGUGCUUUACAAAGUAUAUUACUUGUUUUUUUGUCAAACCAUACAAUGGCAAAAUAUAACUAUUAUUCUAUGAGCAGUUCAAAUUGUAAUAAGCAUUAAUGGAACACCACCAGA